ACCUUUAGUAUUUAUGAUUGUCAUCAUCAUCAUCAUUAAUGUCAUUAUGCUCUGUGAGUUUCCAAUGUAGUAUAGAAGACACAUGCAGAACCACAGUUCAAGGCUAGAGAGAUGCUGUGGAAGAUCUCAAAUACCAUUUAAAAGGACUUCAAGCUACAAAAAUGGGAGGAUGUCAUUUUUUUGUAACAUGGGGGUGAAAUGAUCAAAGCAAUAAUAUAAGGAAAUUAAACUGGCCAGCAUUUGAAAGAAUGAAUAAAGAAGAAAAGAUUAUUACAACAGAAUAGAGACUGCCUCCCCCUAGGACCCUUUCCUCAAACAUCAGAAAGGGAGAAAAAAACAGAAAGCUCAUCCAGAAUCUGGCUUCUGUCAUCCCGGAUGAAACAGACGACUAAAUUGGCAUGCUUGCCUUAGGAGAAAAAAACAUUUUAACUGAGUGAUGAGUGGGGCGGGGCCCCAUUUAUGACACACUAGGACAAGCCCCUCCCCUCUGUUAGGAGAGUGAUAGGCACACAGCCUCCUCUUGUCCCUAAUCCCUCCUCCCACAGCAGGAGGCACACAAGUGCAUCACUUGGCACAGGAGUGGGGGCCAGCAGUGGUCGGCCCACUUGCCAACUGCCUUCAAAAGGAAGACCAGGGAUGUCAGGAUGAAGGAGUGGAACCCAAAGGGAGAUGCCAUCAUGAGGAACCAAUGAGGGAUCUGUGAGUAGGGAGGCACCGGGGAGGAGGGGCAGAAGGAUGAGGCCUGGGAGAUCAACAUCUUCCUUGAGGGAAAUAACAACAGUGGAGCCAGGUGCUGAGACAGUAUCUAGGCUUGACCAGGAACCUGAGCCACACCAGACACCAAUCACCCAGCCAGAGCCUGGGCCAGAAGAGGCACCCACAGCCCAGCCAGCAUCUAAGACUCAGCAGGGACCCAACACCCAACAGGAGCCUGCUUCACAGCAAAUGCCCUUCACUCAGCAGGAGCCCCUUGCUGAACAUGAAGCUGAAUCCCAGCAGGAGCCUAGAACCCAACAAAAAAAUGCUUUGCUGCAGGAAUUUCUUGCCCCACAGGAGCCUGCACCACAGCAAUCACCUCCCACACAAAGGGUGCACUUCGCUCAACAGGAAGCUGCCUUGCAGCAGAGACCUGGGCCAGGACUAGAAUCUAGAAGUCAAAAGGAACCACACUUGAGAGAGGGAUGUGCAGCCCAGACAGGAUCUGGCCCAGGAGAGCCACCUCUAGCUCAGCGAGAAGCUGGAUCAACACCUCCAGACCAGCCUAGACAUGGACCCCAAAAUGGGCCACCUGCCCAGAUUGAAUCUAUGUCCCAAGAGACACCAGGACAGUCAGUCCCUACUGCCCAGCCAACAGCUCCAGUGCAGGGAGCCAAAUCCCAGCAGGGAUCUUUCAUGGAGUGGGGAUUUCUAUCAGAAUGGAACCAAAUGUCUUCACAGCAACCAGCCUCAGGGUGGAAGACACGCUUUGAGUGGGUCACAGAUCUGGAUUCAGAAUCAGAUUCGGGGUCUCAAUCAGGAUCCGAUUCACCAUCCACAAGGGGUGGGACAGUGGCCCAGGAAAUGAAGCUCGUCUUCAAGGGGAAGUCUGGUUAUGGAGUGAUGUCAGGAUACGGUGGGACAUCAGCACCUGGGAAGAACAGCCCCAGCAAGAAGCACAGACACUACCGACACACGGGUGAGUGUGAGCCUGGGGGACAGGGAGCCUCCCAGGACAGUCAUUCAUUCAGUCAGGGGUACUAAGGACCACCAGUACGUCAGUUAGCCCGGGUGAUCCCUCCCCAGUCCUGCCAGACAAAGAGCCCCAGCCCCAGUGAUGGAUGAGGAAGCUGAGGCCUAGAGAAGAGAAGGCUGUGCCUGAGGCCGCGCAGUGAGGAAGCGGCCCAGCCAGGAUCCAAGCCAGGGUGGGACUUCUUCCCCUGCACCAGGCUGCCCCCCACAGAGGACUGGGGGGCAAUCACACAGAAGUGGGCAAGGGCUCUGGGCUGGGGGCCAGGAAACCAGGGAA